AUGGAAGUAUAAGAAAAUAAUAUUCCAAAUCUUUAGAAUGUACCAAUAAUUACUGGCUAACCAGUUUAAACGGAUAAUCAAAUCAUUUUGACUAAAAUAAAUGCUGAUAUAGAAACAAAAAAACAUGUGUGCAUUCAUUGGUGUAUAUUCUUUGUUCUAGUUAUAAUAUUUGUAUUGACUUCUGUAUUUAUGCCAUAAUCUACCAAAUAUGCUGAUAUGAAUAAUCCUUGUUAUCAAAACAGUGAUACCAAUUUAGAAAAAGGAUCAUGGUUUGAAGAAAACAAAUAAUUAUAGUAAAUUUAAUAAUAAUUCUAAUAGCUGUAAUAGAAGUGAAGCUAAUUAUACAAUUAUUAGAAAAUUAAAUCAAAAAAAUCAAUUCUUAAUAGUUUAUGGAUAAUUUGGUUUCCUUAAUCCUGAUGGUUAUGAAAUCUCUUACAUUAAUUAUACUGCAACUUUAUUUGGAUUAACUAGAGAAUAAUAAUAGAAUGGUGGUCUUCUAUCUGAAAAUUUCAUAACUAGUAAGAAUCAUUCCAUAACAUCUAAUUGUAAUUAAAAUUUUGAUGAAUUAUAUGAUGAAUAUGAUGAGUAUGAUGAAUAUUAUGAAUAUGAUGAUGAAAGUGAAGAGGAUAGUGAAAGAAUUAGAGAAAAUAGAUUAUUAUAAAGAGAAGGAAAUCAUCCUCCCCCUCCUUAACAUAAUUAUUAAAAUGAUUAUGAAAAUUUUGAUCAUAAAAUUUGUGAUUGGAUUGUUUUAGUUUACAUUCCAAUCCUAGAUUAUCAUGAUUAUCUUCUCAUUAUAGAUUUUUCCGAAUUUUUGUAAUUAGGUUAAAACAAUAAAGCUACAUUAUAUUUAGAAGGAAUAACUGUUGAUCCAAGAUAUUCAAAUUCUGUUUUAGCAUUAAGAUAUACAUUUUUUACAUUUUCAGUUAUUACUUUUACAUUUUUUGCAUUCAGAAUGAAAAAACUAAACUUUUCUAAUUGGGUAAUUGAAUAAAAAUUUGUUGCAGUUUUAAGCUUUCUUUUACCUUGGUUCAAUGAUCCACUCUAUGCAGCUACUUUAUUAGCUCCAAAUAGAAUUACUGCUGUAAUUGGUGUCAUAUUUUUUAGUAAUUUCAUAUCUUGUCUCUUUCUUUAUUGGCUAGUACUUUAUCAUAGAAUUGUUGUAGAAAAUGGAACUAAAGAAAGUACUGCACUUACUAAACCUAAAGUUAUAGUUUGUUUACUAUUAUGGCUGUUUUUUGUGGCUUCUUAUUCAAUUUUAGUCAUUUAAUAUUUUAAAGAUCCCACUACAAGUUUUGAUGAUUUACAUCAUAAAGCUUAUAUGGCAUUUAAAGUACUAUCAUUCUUAUUUUCCUUUGCUUUAUUUAUAUAUUUGCUUAAGUAUUUGAUUUAAUUUUGUAAAUGUUAUGAAACCAGAUUGUGGAGAUAUAAAUUGAUUGGAUUAUUUAAUAUCUUUUUUAUGAUGUGUUUGGGAUUAUUUAUAUUAUCUGGAUCAUUUGAAAUCUAUAAUCUUACAGGAACAGAAGUGCUCAUUUCCAUAAGUAUAUUAAAUUUGUAUAUUUAUUAUCAAUAAUAUUUAUGGAGUCCUAGUAAAUAAGGAUUAAUCUAAUAAGAAAAUCUAAAUUAGAAUGUAAUGAUUAGUAAUAGGGAUUAUGAUGAAUUAGAAAUGGAUAAUAUCAAUAUUAAUUAAAUGAAUGUUGUGGAUGAAAAGUUUUAGGUUGAAGAUGAGAAGGGUAUAUUGGCUGAAUGA